AUUUUUCUUUUUGAAAAUUAUCCAUGGCGUUACAUUGAAAAGCACGGCAAUGUGGACCCAGACGACGCCAUGACUCACGAUCUAACGACCACUUUAAGAAGCGAGCUGGCGGCUCUCGAGUAUAAACGAGACAGGCUUAUGUCUGAGUUGCAGGAAAUGAAAAGCGUUGUGAGAUCGCGGGAUCAGAGGGUCGUGGAGCUUCAGGUAGAGGCGGAUCAGCUCCGUGAGCAAGCGGCCAGGCAAAAUGCCGUCGUCUCCAGUCUCAAGAAGCGCAUUCAGGAGUUGGAAGAGAGGGAGAGAAAUCUCUAUGCGUCCCAGGGCAGGAACGAGAUCAUGAUACAGGGCUUGCAGCGUGACGUAAAGUACCACGAGGAAAAGGUCAGGGAGUACGAUAAGAAAAUUCGCCAAUUGGAGCACGCUAUAUCCGAGGAGAUUCAAUUGAAGGAACGGGCGCGGCUGAAUCUGCAGGAUUUCGUGCGAAGACUGGCACACGCAUUGAACGUCGAAUACUGCGAGACGGCGCAUCACAGCCCCGAGAUGGUGAUUCAUAAAGCGGAGGAACUCGUGCAGGAGGUGAACCGCCUGCGGACGAAGAGCACAAACGUGGAAACGCAGCUGACGAGCGUCGAGAUGGAUUUCAGAACCUGCAGGGACGCUCUCGACCGCGUUACCACGGAAAAAGAGCAGUUACAGAGGCAAGUGUCCGUUCAUCUGGUCGACAUAGAUCGUUUGCGUCAGGAGAAGGAGUGCCUGGAGAUGCAAUAUAGGGUCGCUGAGAAGGACAUGAACGACUUGAGAGACAAGCUUGUCAACGCGAAUAGAAGCUUAACUAGCGCGACGGGGAACAUAUCCAAUCAGGAGGCUCUGAUUUGUCAGUUACGAGAGGAUCUGAAAGUCCGCGAGGAGAAGACGCAACGCGUACAAAAUGAAUUACGUCACCUUCUAGAAUCGAUCGCCAUCCUCAUCAGUACGCCAAAUCGAUUUGUCGAGUCUCAUGAGAAUGCGAUCAAAGAUCGCAUCCGAGAGAUCUUGGCAGACAACAAAGAUCAGUCGCUGAAAAUACAAAGUCUUCGGGAAAAAGUGAGCAUGGCGACGGAAUCCACAAAUCGGCAGAGCGAAUUGGUCGAAUCCACGAUGAUGAAGGUACGCAGUUUGGAAGACGAACGUGCCGCUCUGGAAGCUAAGAUACAUAAACUAGAAUCCGAACUUACGAGCAGCGAUCUCUCCAGAGAGUCUUUACGCAGAGACAAGCAGACGUUUAUGACCUUCUUGGAUCGACUGGGUAAGGCGAUGCAAAUGGACGAGAUCUCUCAGGAGAUCGGACUCGAUCUUCAAACCGAGUCGCUAUUGGUGCGGGCCGAGCAGCUAGCCAGAUUGGAGACCGACAAGCUGGUCGACAAGUAUUUGUACUCCAGCUACACGACUCUACCGAGGAUUCGGCGCGAGCGAACGUUCCACGAGCUUCCUUGUCUCAAAGAAACUUCCGUGGUUUAUCAGUUGCAACGUCGUGUUCGAACCCUGCGGGAGCAAUUGCAGCGCAGGGACCUGCACCUGGACCUUCUACGUCGGAAGUUAUCUCUGCAGGAGGACAGCGUGAGGAUGAAGUCAUUGUUGCAGACCGAGCGCGACGAGGCGAACAUACGCGCGAAGAAACUGGCGAAGCAGGUCGAGCGACUUCAGGUCCAAUUGUCGGAGGAAAAGUCGCGGAAUCGGGAGUUGAGCGCACAAUUGACGGAAGCCGCAGAUUACAAGAUAGCCGCCCUGGAACGUAGUCGGAAAAUCGAGGAGCUCCAGAAGCGUCUUGUUGAGAGCGAGAUGUUGAGGACGCGUUACAACAGAAAAUUGACGAUGGCGAAGGAGCAGAUGAGGACGGUCGCGGAGACGGCCGAUCAGGAGAGAUCGAUAAACGACCAUUCCUUGCAGCUUCUCCGCGACGAGCUGGCUCAGGUCAAACAAAAUCUUUCCGACGUCACGAGAAGAGAAUCCCAGCUCCAGAGCUUCCGCGUCUCUGUAGCGAAGUUAUUGUCGGAGCCAAUCUGCACGCCCGAUUAUGAGAUUAUUUCGCGGCUGCAGAAAAUGGUCGCGGCUCAUCGGGACUUUACAAUGCUCUCCCGCAGGUAUGACGAGCCUUUGGAAACAAAUCCCUCGAGAUGCACCAGGUAA